UUUUUUUUUUUUUUUUUGUUUUGCUUGAAAUUCAAUUUCAAAGAUCCGAUUUUUCUCCUCAGAAAUUCAUAAGAAACUAAAUUCCCGCAAAUGGGUUUCUCCGUACAUCUUCUUUAUCUGCUCCUCCUCCAUUUCCAAGCUUUGAUUCCGUUCUCAAUUGCAUACCCAUCUCCGCUAAACUGUACGGACAAAUCCCGAUUGUGCACUUCUUUCCUAGCUUUCAAACCCACUUCCGACCAAACACCAGCAGUAAUUCAGAGCAUGUUCGAUGUGCUGCCGGGUGACGUCACAAUCGAAGGCAACGGCCGAGAUUACGUCUUCAUCAGAAAGAACUGCUCUUGCGCUUCUGGUGGGCUGCUCGAGAACUACUACCUCACGAACACGACUUUUACAGUGAGGGAGAACAACGGCUCCGUUUACGAUUUGGUGAUCGAUUCGUACGGUGGGCUCGCUUAUUUCCCGUCGAAUUUCACCCGGGCGGCGAAGAAAGGGGCGGUCGUUUCGUUGCGGCUGAUGUGCGGUUGCUCGAGUGGGCUGUGGAAUUAUCUGAUGAGCUAUGUUUUGAGAGAUGGGGAUAGCUUGGGGUCUCUUGCUAGUAGAUUUGGUGUUAGUAUGGAUCAUAUCGAGACGGUUAACGGGAUUGCGAAUCCGGAUAAUGUUACCGUCGGAGAUCUCUACUAUAUUCCGUUGAAUUCCGUUCCCGGUGACCCUUAUCCGGUAGAGAAUGCUACACUCCCGACUCCCGUUCAAUCUCCAUCAAUCGAUAAGCCUGCAGCGAAUAAGGUGAAUGGAAAGAGUCGUGUACCUUAUUGGUGGAUAAUCGGAAGUCUGGCGGUUGGAUUGGUUCUCAUUAUUGUGUUGGUGCUUCUCUUUAUUUCGUUGAGAUCGUCUAAAUGUUUCGGUGGAUCCCAAAAAAGUCAACCCAAAGAUUCCAACGGAAAGAUUCCACACAAAUUCCGGAUUCUUCGAAAUACGAGUUUCUGCUGUGCUUCGGGUAGGUCCAUAUGCUGCAAAUCUGGGGAUUUCAACCACCCUAACGGGGAAUCUAGUAACCGCCAGAUGAAUAUUCCUUCAGUUAUAGGAACCGAUGUGUUUGAUGUGGAGAAACCCGUAAUUUUCACGUACCAAGAGAUUCUUUCUUCGACUGACGGGUUUUCCGAUUCUAAUCUUUUGGGGCAUGGAACAUAUGGCUCUGUAUAUUAUGGUCUCCUCCAAGACCAGGAAGUUGCCAUAAAAAAGAUGACGGCUACAAAAACGAAAGAAUUCAUGAAAGAGAUGAAAGUUCUUUGCAAAGUUCACCACACAAAUCUGGUAGAAUUGAUCGGGUACGCAGCUAGUGGCGACGACCUAUUCCUCAUAUACGAAUACGCUCAAAAGGGUUCGCUCAAGAAUCACUUGCACGACCCUCAUAACAGAGGUCAUACAUCACUAUCAUGGAUAUUGAGGGUUCAAAUAGCACUAGAUGCAGCUAGAGGAUUAGAGUACAUACACGAACACACGAAACCUCAUUACGUGCAUCGAGAUAUCAAAACUAGCAAUAUUCUACUCGACGGUAGCUUUAGAGCAAAGAUAUCGGACUUUGGUUUGGCGAAACUCCUUAUGGCUAACGAAGUAGAAGAAUCAGUCACCAGAGUUGUUGGCACUUACGGUUAUUUAGCUCCGGAAUAUUUGAGGGAUGGGCUGGCGACAAUUAAAAGCGAUAUUUAUGCAUUCGGUGUGGUACUUUUCGAGAUGGUAUCUGGAAAGGAGGCCAUGACUAGAAGUGCUGAAAGGCGUUCGUUGGUAUCGAUCAUGGUGGCAGCACUGAGGAACUCACCGGAUUCCAUGACUAUGUCGAGCUUAAAAGACCAUAUCGACCCUAGUCUCAUGGAUCUCUGCCCGCACGAUUGUCUUUUCAAGAUGGCUAUUUUGGCGAAGCAAUGUGUGGACGAUGAUCCGAUUUUAAGACCAGAUAUGAAGCAAGUAGUGAUAUCGCUUUCGCAGAUUCUGUUAUCUUCGGUUGAAUGGGAAGCGACUCUUGCUGGGAACAGCCAAGUAUUCAGCGGCCUCGUUCAAGGGCGAUAGAGUAAUUUUUGCAACGUUUAUAUCACAUUUUUUUUGCGUGUAUUUUGUGUGUAUAGCAGCGUAUAUCGUAAUUAUACAUAGAUCACCUUUCUUGCAGAUAAUUCUUUCAUAAAUUGCUCUGUUCAUUUUUUGUACUGAAUAUUUCUUUCCAAGAACAAAUAACUCAAAAAACUUGAGGUACACUUUAUUAUUAGUAUUAUAUCAUCAUAUGUUAUUGCCAAAUAUGUAAGUACACAAUUCUGUCUUGUGACAA